AUGCGUCCCGUUCUGCUGUCGCUGGUGGCUCUGGCGGCGCUGCUGGCGCCCGGCCAGCUCGCCGCCGGCACCGUGGUGGUGCACGGCGAGCUCUGGGUCGGCUCCGAGGACUGUCCGUUCGCGGGGCAGGCGGAGCUGGAGCUGCUCGGCAGGAAGGGUGACUCGGACGGCGUGGAGGCCGGCGGCUCGCGCCACGUCAAGGCACUGGUGGUGGCGGAUGGUGGCCGGCUGGAGGUGCACGGCGCGCCGCGACGCGCCUGGAGCCGCCUCACCGCCACCCUGCCCAAGACCACGCGAGAGGCUGUGAUCGGCAGCCCGAUAUUCGACCAACAACAGUCAGAGUGGCACAACAGUCGCCACCGCGGCUUCCUGGCGUACGAGUUCGACGAGGGCGGCCAGGUGAUUGGCUUCCUCGGCCUGCUGCACCGAGUGGCUGAUUUCCAGGCGCUGGCCGCCAAGACGGACAGCGUGAUCCUGCUAGUCCUGCAGCGGCAGGUGUCGUUCUCGGACGGCGAGGAUGUGACGGCGAUGGCGGACGCGCUCAGCGCCGCCUGCUUCAACGGCGAGGCGGACAGCGCCAUCAGGGACUUCACCGACGGCCAGGCGGUGGCAUGGGCGGCUAUCUGCCACGUGGGUCACCCGGAGAACAGCGUCGAGGAGGUGGGCCACGAGCAGGACGGCUUCUCAGUUACAUCUCGUCUCACGCGCACCAUCGGCACCGCCGAGUUUGUCGUCUACUCGGAGACAGAGCUGGAGGACGGCUGGCCAUCCACGGCUGACGUGCUCUCGUACGCCCCUGGCACGAUCCCGCCGAGGACGAUGACGCUCAGUCUCAUCGAGAGUCCGGCGGAGUUCACGCACUGGGGCGAGACCACCGACGGUGUGCGCAUGGCCGCCGAAGUCGCGCUUCUCAACCGCAACGUUAGGAUCCACGGCCGCAUGGAGGACGCCUGCUACGGCGACAACAACUGCGACGACUUCAGCUUCGACACGUUCGGCGGCCACGUCAAGGUGCUGGCUGGCUUCCAGGCGGCCCGCAUCGCCAACGCGGAGGUGUUCCACAUGGGACAGAACUCGGUGCUUGGCGCCUACCCCAUCCACUUCCACAUGUGUGGCGACGUCAGCGCGCAGGCCUCGCCGCCGUACGUGCGUUCCAACGCCAUCCAUCAUACGUUCGCACGCUGCGUGACCGUUCACGGCACUAGCGGCCUGCUGGUGGAGGACAACGUCGCCUUCGACCACUACGGCCACUGCUUCUUCCUGGAGGACGGUGCCGAACAGAACACGGUAUUCCGCGGCAACCUGGGCCUGAGUACGCGGCGCACGAGCAUCACCCCGACCGACCAGCGCAUGGCGGCGACGUUCUGGAUCACCAACCCGCUGACCACCAUGGAAGGCAACGUGGCAGCCGGGUCCGAUGCGUACGGCAUCUGGUACACGUUCCCGCUGCGACCGAUCGGGCCGUCGGCGCUGCGCACGCCGCUCGCGCCCUUCGUCGACAACGUAGCGCACUCCAACAACGACUACGGCCUGCGACUCGACGACCUGCUGAAGACGAACGGCGGCGUCGGCGGCAGGUUCGCGUACGACCCGCGCGAGGACCCGCUCGACCCGACCUCGUCACCCGUGACCGUCACACUGCGCGGCUACAACGGCUACAAGAACUACAAGUCGGCGUGGCUGCGCGGCGCCAGCCUAGUAGCCGAGGAUUUCAGCAUCGCCGAGACCGUGGAGGGCGUGGUGUUCGCAAGCUCGGCGCCCGGUUCCAAGCGGCUGGUGCGCUCGCGCCUCGUGGGCGAGACGGCCAACAAGGGUAAGCCGGAGGGCUGGAUUCCGCUAGCGAACGGCACGACCGUCUGGUGGGAUCGCCAGAUUCGCAUGGGUGGCGCCAACCGCGCGCUGCCCAUCAUCGGCGCCAUUUUCCUCGACGGCCCCGUCUCGCUGGAGGACGUCAGCUUCCAUCGGUUCGCGACCAACGCGGUGCGGCCGUCGGGCGCGAUCGGUCUCCGCCGCGCUUUGCGCUGGUACACCUCGCCGGCCAACCGCGUCGCCGGCGUGACGUUCGACUUCGCCGAUCCCGCCGACGGCAACCGCGUCUACGACGCCAGCGAGGGCCAGGGCUUGCCGACCUGGCGGGGGAACAUCCACUCCGUCUUUCGGGACAUCGACGGCUCACUCACGACCUACGCCGGCGCGACCGUGGUGAAGCCGUACGCCGUGCAUCUGAACGCCCGCUGCGCGCCCGUGCCCAACUGGAACCUGUACGUGUGCCCGGCUGCCUUCACCAAGUUCAAGCUCGAGUGUCUGCCGCGGCCGCGCCAGAUCAGCUACGCCCUCAACUCGGAGGAGGGCUACAUCCUACACUUCAACACCAGCGUGCCACGCUCCUUCAGCUUCACAGUCACCGGCCUACAGGCGGGCGUCGAGCAGCGGCUCGGCGUCUGCAUCGGCCGCGACGCCACCGACGUGCGCAUCAGCCUCACCGGCAUCCCGACGCCGACGUUCGAGGACCUGCUCACCGGCUCGCCGGGCACGCAGGUCUUCCACGACCGCGAGCGGGGGCUGCUGCUGUUCCGAUUCCGCGUGCCGUACGCGCUCAGCGCCGACACGGAGACGGAGUGUCCGGGCGGCGGUCCGUAUGGCGCUUGCCCGGUCGUGAAGGUGUCCAUGACGGCGGCGAGCGAGGACGGCGACUGCUCGGAGAGGGCGUACCCGACCUACGCCACCGCCCCACUCGACGCCGCCGGCGGUCUUGUCACACCGAGCUUCUAG